CAUGCGCAGUCAGUGGGCAUCGUCCUGCAGGAUCUGAAGUGCGGGUGGAGACUGGAAACAGACCAGUGAGUACUCCACUGUAGUCUGAGCUGGAGGAGAGGAAGCUUACGAGAAAGGCAUCAUGGCUGCAAGGUUCUGUGGAGUCCUUGUCCUCCUUAUUGUGUCUCUCAGUGGACUGGAUGCAUCAAGACCAGCUGUAAACCAGGAACUAUCCAAUAUCUUCAAUGAGUUGUGGAGACUGGAUGUGAAUCGCAUGACACCUGGGGUAGACUACACAAUCUCUGUUCAGGGCAGAGCCAGUUAUGUAAACCAGGGCAGCCAUGUUGUGCAGGAUCACGCUUCACAGCCUCUGUUCUCCAACGUUAAUGAGAACAAACUGAAGAACACAACCACUUUCUCCCGGUUCACCAAACUCCUGGACAACUAUGAGCGGUCCACAGGCGUGGCUGAACGGGUCACAACAGAGGAGCUCACAGAGAUUAAUCUCUUCCUGGAUGCCGUCUUAGAGACAGAAGUCAUGAAGAGGGCUCAUAAGUACCUGGUGAGCAAAGGACAGUCCAGCUCUAACCUGAGGCACUUUAAGAGUCAGCUGCAGACGAUCUGGUUCAACCUCUACCACAGACAGAGGAAUGCAGGCCUCGACUCCUGUGGAUUCGAGCAUGUUUUUGUUGGAGAAACAAAAUCUGGAACAGAAAUCAUUGGGUUUCACAACUGGGUCCAGUUCUACCUCCAGGAAAACAGCACACACUUGGACUACAAAGGAUACAAAGCCAGGAACCAUGACUUACCCGAUCAGGACGACCACGUUCUGAACCUCCAGUUCAGCUGGCACGGUUUGGUGAAGCCCGUCGGCAGCGCCUUCAUCGGGACCAGCCCUGAGUUUGAGAUGGCGAUCUUCACCAUCGUCUUCCUCAUAAACACGGAGAGGAGCACCACGGUGCUGGUCAACAUCGACCAGUGUCAGAUGGAGCUGGUGGUCAUCAGACACGGACGCUCUCUCGGGACGGCGUACCCCAAACUGCUCAGCAGCAACAGCAGACAUCUUAGGCAGCACUCACACUGAUGAGGAAGAUCUUCUGAUGUGAUAAUCACGUCUUUAUAAUGUGCACGACCAAGAAUCUGAGGCACAAAUGUCCACAAUUAAAAUAACUUUCAUUUAAACUUUAUAAUCAUUUUAAUCACAUCUUUACAAUGAUGUUCUGCUCAGAUUUACUUCAGUAAAAGUGACCAAAAUGAUCCAUUGCAUUAUAUUAUUGCACAUAAUUGGCCCUAAAAUAUUGUUAUAAAACAGUAUUAAUUGUACCACAGCACGAACUACACUAGAAAACGUUCGGAAUAUUUUCAAGAUGAUGUUAUGUUUAAGAAGCGUCCACAGCUCUGGUAAACAAAGCCAAGGCUGCUACGUUGGAAAUGUGGCAAGGGGGCUGCCUCUGUAAUAACAGACCUACUUCAGUCCAUGAAGUUGCAUUAACAGUGCUAGUUUAAAGCGAGAUGGAGGAAGUAAACCGCCAGGGAUGAGGGUGGGGUGGAACAUUUAAAAUGUAUGUGUGUAUUUCUGAUGUAUUCUGUUCAUUUGCAAUAAAAAAAAGUUAUUAAUUGUGAGAAAA